GCACACAGAACUAAAAGUCAGUCAGUUACGCUCGCUUGUACUCUGUGUUCCUAUCUGUAGAAUGCGGAAACCCGACCCGCAAACGAUGCGACCCAAAUCGGAGAACCCGGGUCAACAGAGCUCCUCCUCCGGUGGCACCGACUCAUACUCCGCCGCAUCGAUGGAUCCGAUCUUCUACAUCCUCCGGAUCCUCCCCUUCAGCUUCCUCCGUCCGCCACGGCUCCGCCUGAAGCUGCCGUCAUUCACACUCCCCUCUCCAAACGCCGUCUUCGCCCUCGUCCUCCUCACCUACUUCAUGGUCGUCUCCGGCAUCGUCUACGACGUCAUCGUGGAGCCUCCCGGCAUCGGCUCAACCCAGGAUCCCUUCACCGGCGCGGUCCGACCGGUCGUCUUCAUGUCCGGCCGCGUCAACGGCCAGUACAUCAUCGAAGGCCUCUCCUCCGGCUUCAUGUUCGUUCUCGGCGGCAUUGGCAUCAUCCUCUUGGAUCUCGCGCUCGAUCGCAACCGUGCCAAAACCGUCAAGGUCUCCUACGCCUCCGCCGGCGUCUCCUCCGUUGUCCUCGCUUACGUCAUGAGUAUGCUCUUCAUCCGCAUCAAGAUUCCUGCUUAUCUGAGAUGAACUUGCUUCCGUUUCAUUUUGCAGAAUUUUGCCUAAUUUGUAUUUUGACUAUACAUUACAUUUUUGCAUUUUUCUAGUUUUUGACGAUGUUGCACUUUCAGGUUACUGAAUCGAAAUGCCUAUAGUAGCUGGAUCUUAUUUGGUUUUAUUUAUAUUCUGAGUAACUGGAUCUGAAUUGAAAU